AUGGAUAAAAUGGGAGUCACUGCAGAAGGACCGAAGAGUCCAUGGAGUGCCACCACAACCAAAACGGUGUCCGUCUGCUCUCUCACUGACGUCAUGAGCGAGCAGCUGGCCAAGCAACUGGAUGAGGAAAGCAAUGCUUUUCCUGAUUUCCCAGAUGUCAGCGUUGUUCUAGAUGUUGGCGAAGCGCUAGAUACGGACAGUGAUCUGAUGCUGGCUCAGAUGCUCCAGAUGCAAUUUGAUAAGGAGUUUGACACCCAGCUACGCACGGAAGAAAAGAAGUUCAAUGGGGAUAGCAAAUUGUCUAUUUCCUUCGAGAACUAUCGCAUGGUGCAUCCCUACGAGGACAGUGUCAGCUCUGAGGAUGAAGUUGACUGGCAGGACACUCCCCAUGACCCCUACAAAGCUGAUAAACCCAUGACAACGCCAAGGAAAGGCUUCACCGGGAAAGGAAAGAACAUCACCACAAAGCACGACGAGGUGGUGUGCGGCAGAAAGAACACUUCACGCAUGGACAAUUUUGCUCCGGAGGUGAAUGUGGGGGACGGGCUCGGCAUGGACCUGAAGCUCUCCAAUCAGGUGUACAACUCCCUGAAGCAACACUGCUACUCUGAGCAGCGGCGCAGCUCUAGGCUGCAUGAGAAAAAGGAGCACUCCACCGCCGAACAAGCGGUGGACCCGAAAACCCGUCUUCUCAUGUACAAGAUGGUGAAUGCGGGAGUCCUGGAGAACAUCAAUGGCUGCAUCAGCACUGGGAAGGAGUCGGUGGUGUUCCACGCGGCUGGGGGCAGCAUGGAGGACAAGGCUGUCCCAAAUGAAUGUGUGCUGAAGGUCUUCAAGACCACACUCAACGAGUUCAAGAACCGUGACAAGUACAUCAAGGACGACUACCGCUUCAAGGACCGCUUCAGCAAGUUGAACCCCCGCAAGGUCAUCCGCCUGUGGGCCGAGAAGGAGAUGCACAACCUGGCCCGUAUGAAAAACGCUGAUAUCCCAUGCCCUGAGGUAGUGGUUCUGAAGAAGCACAUCCUGGUGAUGUCAUUCAUUGGCAAGGACCACGUGCCGGCACCCAAGCUGAAGGAUGCCAUGCUGAGCUCGGAGGACAUGAAGAAAGCCUAUUACCAAGUGCUUCAUAUGAUGCAUCAGUUGUAUAUGGAAUGCAACCUUGUCCACGCUGACCUGAGCGAAUACAACAUGUUGUGGCAUGAGGGAAAGGUUUGGCUGAUUGACGUGAGCCAGUCCAUCGAGCCUACUCACCCCCACGGCCUCGAGUUCCUGUUCAGGGACUGCCGGAAUGUGUCCACGUUCUUCCAGAAGGGUGGGGUGUCAGAAACCAUGAACCCAUACGAACUCUUCAACGUUGUGUCUGGGCUGGAGCUCACGGGUGACAGCGAGGCAGACUUCUUAGUGCAGAUCGAGGCACUGGAGAAGAGGAACGAGGACCAUGUGCAGAGAAGAGGCAAGAAAACGUACGCCUCCAGCACCAGUGACGGUGGGCCACCCCUGUUACACGAUGAGGAUGAUUAGCGACCUGUGUGUUCGACCCCAUGAAUAGCUGCACGGAACCUGUUUGGUGAUUCUGUCUGAGGGAAUGGGAGUGUGUAAAGCCCCAUGGUCUCUCAACAACGAGGGAUGCAGGAGAUGAAAAGGUCACUGCAUCCCAUGAGGGCGUCAUAGUCUGCACUGGGCUCAGUGGACUAAUAAGCCUCCAAUCCACCUCUGUGAGAUGUCAAUGUCUCAUUCCAUACCUACGGCUGUGGGUGGAAUGGAUAGGGACACCUGCAGGGCUGGAUGACAUGUAUCACACAGACACACACACACACACAAUAACUUAUUAUUUAAAUGACAUGGUAUAGUAACCAACAGUUCCCUUCACAAGUAAGCUGAGCUUGAAUGAAAAGCUUUGCCUUAUCUUAUGAACGGAACAAAUCUGGUGCUUGCAUUUUUUUUUUUAAAUCACGAUAAAUGAUCUGUCAUGAAUGAAGACCUAAUGAGUUUGUUGUUGUCUCUGUGGUGCAUCAAGGUCCAUUGAUCUUAAAAGGAGACUGGUGUUUUUGUUUGCUGUCUGUAAAUGCAAUAUUAUGGUGGAAAUAAACAAACAAUGAGUUGC